AUGGCCGAGGAAGCACCCAAGGUUUUGGUGAGGCAUGACGAUGCCGAGGCGUUCGUCGUAAACCUGCUGGUGGCUGUGGGUGUGAGCGCGAAACACGCCCAGACCAUCGCCCACGGCCUCGUGCAGGCUGAUUUGCGCGGGGUCGAAAGCCAUGGCAUAAACCGCUUGCCGUCGUACCUGGCCCGGGUCCGGAACGGGGUUCUGGACCCCAAGGCCGAGCCGGAGCUGACGCAGGUCACGCCUGUCGUUGCGCAGGUCGACGGCCACAACGGCUUUGGCUUCCCCGCCGCGCAUCUCGCCAUGGAAACGGCCAUCUCCAUGGCCCGGACCUUCGGCAUCGGCAUGGUGAGCGUCAAGCACAGCAACCACUUUGGCAUGUCCGCCUGGCUCGUCCGCCAAGCCGUCGACGCCGGCAUGAUGAGCCUCGUGUUUACAAACUCAUCCCCGGCCCUGCCCGUUUGGGGCGGCAAGACGAAGCUGAUAGGUGUCUCCCCUAUCGCCUGUGGCGCGCCAGGCGGCGAGAACUCGGUUCCCUUUAUCUUGGACAUGGCGCCAUCGGUCGCGGCACGCGGAAAGAUCUAUAAAGCCCUGCGCCGGGGCGAGAAGAUACCCAUGGACUGGGCGUUGGACGCCGACGGGAAGCCAACCGACGACCCGGAGAAGGCGCUCCAGGGAGUCAUGCUGCCCAUGGGCGGGCCCAAGGGGUCGGCCCUGGCCAUCAUGAUGGAUGUUUUCUCUGGCGUGCUGUCCGGCUCUGCGUUUGCGGGCGGUGUCACGGGCCCGUACGACAUGUCCAAGCCGGGUGACGUUGGGCAUUUCAUUAUUGCCCUCAAGCCAGAUCUCUUUAUGAGCCUGGAGGAGUUCAAGCAGCGCAUGGAUAUUCUCUAUCAACGUGUGGUGGGAUCAGACAAGAUGGAAGGAGUGGAGAGGAUCUACUUCCCCGGCGAGAUUGAACAGCUGACAGAAGCGCGCAGGCUGAAGGAAGGGAUUCCGUUUGUGCAGAGCGAAAUCGACGCUCUCGAUGCAGAAGCUGAGAGGUUGGGCGUGGCAAAGAUUCGGCGCGGCCUUUAA